GAUGUCUGCGAGCUAACCAGCACAGACUGCUCAUAACUGCGCGGCUAACUCAGCUAGCCCGCUCUCCAGUGAGAUUAAAUUAUGUAAUAAUGAAAUGAUCAACAGACCACGACGGACAUGUAGAGGGACACAGAUUACUAACAGGCGAUCGCUGUCCAUAACUUCAGGCUUUUAAACCCAGCCCUAUGUCAUGGCCACUGGAGUCACCAAGCCGGGCACCUCCAAUGGACACCCAAUGAAGGCGCAGCUACAAAUCAUCGUGCUAUCAGCGAAACUGAAAGAGAACAAGAAGAACUGGUUUGGUCCCAGUCCGUAUGUGGAAGUGACGGUCGACGGCCAGUCCAAGAAAACAGAGAAAUGCAACAACACCCACAGCCCAAAAUGGAAGCAGCCGCUCACCGUGAUCGUGACCCCGUUCAGCAAACUCGUGUUCCGGGUGUGGAGUCAUCAGACCCUGAAGUCAGACGCGAUGCUUGGCAUGGCCACACUGAAAAUCAGUGAGACGCUCAAGUCCAACGACAUGAAAAUCUCUGAGGUGGUGCAGACCUUACAGCUGUGUGCAGACAGAGAUCAGACAGACGUGGUGGGCGACCUGUCUGUCUGCUUGGACGGCAUGACCGUCGACCCCGAGAUGUUCGCCACCGCCGAAGCCAACAAUCACAGUACAUCAAAUGGGGAAACCCUGAAUGAACCCAACGACGAUCAUGCUAUAAGGCGGAGUCGAGACAGCUCUCCAGCCGUUGACGGUGUAGAGCACAGGUCAUCUCCUGCAGGUCGGAGGUCAGCAAGCAACACAGGGUCUCCCUCUGUGUCAUCAGGGGUCUCGAGGCCUCUCAGACCUCCCCGACCCUCAAGACCUCCUCCUCCAACCCCCCGAAGACCCAACUCUUCACCAGCAUUAUCCAGUAACGGCUCUGCUGCUGAUACUAGUGAUGGUCAGUCAGUUCCUGAUACACCCGUGCGAACGGCGGCCUCAUCAGCUCCGGACUCAAGUCCAUCACCGGGAUCAGACAGGAACUCUGGAGCCACGGCAACCAGACAGCCAACUAGCAGCAUCACCCCGGCUGUCACUCCCAGAGUCCCCGCUGUCAAUGCCGCACCGCUGCCCCCUGGGUGGGAGCAGAGGGUGGAUCAGAACGGACGGUUGUAUUUCGUCGAUCACGUGGAGAAGAGAACGACGUGGGAACGCCCUGACCCGCUGCCCCCUGGGUGGGAGCGUCGCGUCGACCAGAUGGGGCGGGUCUACUUUGUCGAUCACAUCACAAGAACCACUACGUGGCAGCGCCCCACGGUGGAGUCGGUGCGUAACUACGAGCAGUGGCAGCACCAGCGCAGCCAGCUGCAGGGCGCCAUGCAGCAGUUCAACCAGAGGUUCAUAUUUGGGCUACAGGACCAGGCUGCAGCCACUCAGAAUAAGGAGUUUGAUCCUCUCGGGCCUCUGCCACAUGGAUGGGAGAAGAGAACUGAUUCAAAUGGCAGAGUUUAUUUUGUACAUCACCCUACGAGGGCAACACAGUGGGAGGACCCACGAACACAAGGGUUGCUCAAUGAUAAGCCUCUACCUGAGGGCUGGGAGAUGAGGUUCACUGUCGACGGUAUCCCUUACUUCGUAGACCACAACAGAAGAACGACCACCUACAUCGACCCUCGCACCGGAAAAUCCUCACUUGAAAACGGACCUCACAUCACCUACGUUCGAGACUUUAAAGCCAAAGUACAGUACUUCAGAUUCUGGUGCCAGCAACUGUCCAUGUCUCAACACAUCAAGAUCACGGUGACAAGAAAAACCUUGUUUGAGGACUCCUUCCAGCAGAUAAUGAGCUUCAACGCUCAGGAUCUGAGAAGAAGACUCUGGAUCAUCUUCCCUGGAGAAGAAGGCCUCGACUACGGAGGCGUGGCCAGAGAGUGGUUCUUCCUGUUGUCACACGAGGUUUUGAACCCCAUGUACUGCCUGUUCGAAUACGCCGGUAAAGAUAACUACUGCCUCCAGAUUAACCCCGCCUCCUACAUUAACCCCGACCACCUCAAGUAUUUCAAGUUCAUAGGACGCUUCAUUGCCAUGGCUCUUUUCCAUGGAAAGUUCAUCGACACUGGUUUCUCGCUGCCGUUUUACAAGCGCAUCCUGAACAAGCCGUUGGCCCUCAAAGACCUGGAGUCAGUGGACCCCGAGUUCUACAACUCCCUCAUUUGGAUCAAGGAUAACGACAUCGAGGAGUGCGGGCUGGAGAUGUUCUUUUCUGUCGACAAAGAGAUCCUGGGAGAAAUCUCCACCCACGAGCUGAAACCAGGAGGAGGAGACAUCCUGGUCACUGAGGAGAACAAAGAGGAGUACAUCAGGAUGGUAGCAGAGUGGCGGCUGUCGCGAGGAGUGGAGGAGCAAACGCAGGCUUUCUUUGAAGGCUUCAACGAGGUCCUCCCCCAGCAGUACCUGCAAUACUUUGAUGCCAAAGAGCUGGAGGUGAUGCUGUGUGGUAUGCAGGAGAUCGACCUUGCAGACUGGCAGAGGAACACAAUCUACAGGCACUAUGCUCGAAGCAGCAAACAGAUCGUCUGGUUCUGGCAGUUUAUAAAGGAGAUGGACAACGAGAAGAGGAUGAGGUUGCUGCAGUUUGUCUCCGGGACUUGUCGCCUGCCUGUCGGAGGCUUUGCUGACCUCAUGGGAAGCAACGGUCCCCAGAAGUUCUGUAUUGAGAAGGUGGGGAAAGAGAACUGGCUCCCCAGAAGUCACACAUGCUUCAACAGGCUGGAUCUGCCCCCCUACAAGAGCUACGAGCAGCUGAAGGAGAAGCUGAUGUUUGCCAUCGAGGAGACGGAAGGCUUCGGACAGGAGUGAGAAGGAAUCUGAAGGAAUAAGAUACCACAAGUGUUUAAUUCAGGGAGCCUCUGCAGAAGAGGCGGGUGGUGUUUGAUGUGUUUGUGCCCAUGCUUGCAUGCAUGCACACACCUGUAGGGUUACCUCCACGGGUGCGUGCAUCGGACUGUGGCCUGCAUGUUAUUGCAAAGCAGAGCUGGGAUUUCUUUUCUUUUUUUCCGUCUACUGUGUGCGCUGUGCUUGCAGCAGGUCUGAGAGUUUCGUAUUCUUCAAACCAAAAACACAGACGCUGCUCCUGGGUCUCAGAAUGUGCGCCACAUUAUGCAUGGGAUCCUGAAAAACUCCCCCUGUGACAUCUGUUUAAGGGAAUGCAGUAGAUGUGUCCUCCAUACCUGUGAUCAUUUAAUGACAGGCAACAGGGUAGGCUUUGUGUUGGACUCUGAAUCUCACAGCAGUGUCUUGUCGAGGCGUCUUUGACAAACUGAUUUCUUUGUAUUAAGUGUGUUUGUACUAAAGCGUCUGAAGUGAAGAGAGGCAGGAUUGAAAGGAUGUGAUUGCUUUAAAAAAAAAAAAAAAAAAAAAAAAAACAGGGAUAAGUUUCACCAAAAAAAAAAUCUGAUGUUGCUUUAAGAUUGUUUGUUGCAUUUGAAUUAGUUGCAUCUUACUUUUCUAUCCACCUCAUUGUCCUAUCCUCAAACUUCUCACUGUUUUGGUAAAAUGACGAGGGUGCACUUUAAUGACUUAGUAACAAAGAAAAAUACAACAAUAUAACUUUUGAAUUUACGAGAGUGGCGCGUUCCAACUUAACACUUUAGUAACAGACAAUCUCGGUGCUUCUUCGAGAUGAAAGGCUUCAUAUAACAGCUUCUGGUUGUCAUGUAUUUGAUCUGUGAAUCAUCUUAAAGGUGGAGUCAGUAGCAUUUUUCCACUGCAGUUUAUAAACACAACAUUCAAACUGAGCCCCUCCUCCUGAAGCACACACACUGCAGGACGUAGUGUGUACGUUUUAAUGCUUUUACCUACUCUGCAAGCUACCCCACACUAGCACAAGCUAGCUGUUGGUGUUUGGUACCUGCCUGUCUAAAACAUCUGCGUAUGCGGUCAAAAGCCAUCACAAGGUUCACCCUUGUUUUAGAUUUAAAAAUAUAUAUUCUUCAAGGUUUGCUUUUGGGGUUUUUAUGCCUUUAUUUAGACAGGACAGUGGAUAGAGCCAGACAUCGUGCAAAAAGAGAGAGCGGGGAACGGCAUGUGGGAGAGGAGCCACAGGUCAGACUCGAACCCUCUGCACUUGGGGCGUGCGCACCGUCCACCAGGCCACCAGCGCCCCAGAACAAGCUUUAUCAGCUUGCCGUUUUGCAUCACUAGGAUUAUACAUUUUCUCUUAUUUGCGGCUAGGUCCAGGUCCGGUUUGAAUGUCGCUGAAUUGUAUCCAGUCCUACACUCACCUGUACGCUGUCAUUGGCUGGGGGGAAAAAAACAAAACAUGAAAAUCGAGACAGAGGACCGGGUCUCUGCAGACAGUUAUCACCACACAUGUAUCGAGGCCCCGAAGUGAUGACUCAGCGGUAUUAUUUAUGUACAAGUCUAUAUUUAAGUUUUUUGGACAAAGCUACUGACUCCAUCUUGUACGAUGGUGAAAAAGUGUUUAAAGCGUCAUUAUUAAAAGUGGUGGGACAUUCGAGAGGACCCUAGUUUUAUAGGGCUGGAGUUGUUGUGGUGCAGAAUUGGAUUCAAGUAUUCGGGGAGAAACUUUUAACUUGUACGUUUUAAUAUCAGCCUUUAAAUCUUAGUUUGAUCUGAGGUGGAAAUCCAUGAGGAGAGGAGAGAGAGUAUUUUAUAAUGAAGGUGUUCAAUGCAUCGUAUUCAGUACCUUACUUUAUAUGUUCAACAAAAAAAACAACCAAAUGUAAGUGAAACCAAAUCCCUUCUCUUCAGUUUAGGUCACAUUUUAAACGACACUUUGAAUGCAAAAACUCUUAAAAAAAACGAGCUCCUUGUACACAUGUAGCAUUAGAAACCGUUAGUGGCAGACUUUCUUCUUUGAACACUUUUCUUUCCCCGAGCAAUAUUAAAGAACUAAGGUCUGGCUUGUUACUGUGGUGUUGACUGUGGAACAGUAUAUAGAACAAAAACAUGACGUUUGGUUUAUCUGUCUUUACACAACAGCUGAUCCUGUUCAGAAUAUAAGAGGUGGAUGUCGCCAACGUCUGAUGUUUUAGAGCCUAAAGUAAUCAAAUGCUCAAUAUGGCAUUUUUCAGGUCAUGCCCCAAAAGCAUCUGUGCUUUAUCAUUUAUUUUACAGAAUUAACAUCAUGAAGAAAGCUUGAAACUAGCAUCUCCGCUCUUAAAACUCUCUUAAAAAGUGUUUUCUGAGGUUAUUAAUUAAGUGAAGGAGGGUUAUCUUCUGCAUAAAAUCGGACUACUUCUGCAACCAGUGGGGUCGCCCCCUGCUGGCCAACAGAAAUAAUGCAAUUUUUAGUCACUUUAGCGAUGGCAUUAUUUUUAAAAGCGCGAGUCUACAUCCACUUCUUGUAUACGGCCCUAUGCUUCUAAUCAACAGAAACAUUCAAUAAGAAGAUUAACGCGGUUUAUUUAUGUAAAAUGAAGAACAGCAGGUUGUGUGGUUGCUCAUUUUUGGAGCGUCUAUUUUUGAAUUGGGUUAAUCUAACACUGAAAAGAACAGGUGUGGUUACUGAGGAACAUCAAACUCAGGUGCUGAUUGUUUGUCAAGGAGAAGCCAUUUCCCUCCAACUUCUCUGGGUGCUUUUGUCUCCACGAGCCCACCGAGGUGGUCUGUCGCGUCCGUCAUUAGCCUUCAGGUAGCCUUAUGUUCACCCUCAGGCGUUGUCAGGUAUCCACACCUCGAGGAGUAUGACGUGUUCUUUUGAAGAAACUGCACCAGUGUUGCAAAUCUAGAAAACGUGAAGCUGAUGAAUUGUGGCUUAAACUGUGAUUUAAGAUGCAGGACAACUACUGAGACAGAUUCAGUGAGUGUGAUCAAAAUGAAUGUAUCAUGAUGAAAACUGAAUCGGUAAAGUUGCCUCUUUACAUUUUUUUUUUUUUUAACCCUGUGCUGUUUUAAUCUUGUUCUGGGGUCGAUCACAUAUUAAAAUCCUGGGAUGUAGUGAAUAAGAACAUGUGUAAAUAUCAUAAUGAAGUUGCUCCAGAGUGUAAAACUAAACCACUGUCACUUUCCUGUACAUGCAAACAAGUUGUAAAUGGUGUCAAUAACAAAGUUUCUUUUGUAAAAGAGAGGUUUUAAUAAGAGGUUUAAAUGCUAUAACACUAUAUUUUCUUUUCCCUGGUUUAACUUCUGAUGUACAUGAAAAAGAUGUGUAAUAUAGAAAUUGUCACCUUAAUAAAUUAAAUCAAAAAAA